AGUCGCGUCGCCGGCGUGGUCCGGACAUGUCCCGGCGCAGAACAUUUUUAUUUUCAUAAUCAAACAACAGUAACAAAACAAUCCACUCUUUCCUUCCUAGCGCAAGGAAAAAUGUUGGAUUGCGAUAUACUUAGUGAAAAAUUAUUUCGCGUUUUUAACUCGCGCAGUUAAUUUCGUUGAGAAGCAAUUUUUUUUGUAUAUUUUUCGCGGUGGUGAUGAAAACUUGAUUACGUAGUGGUUUUAAACUGUCGUGGAAGUGAUAACGAAGGAUGUGACGUGUUAAGUGCUGAAGAAGAUAUAAUAAAUGAGAGUGACGUCGGUGGUGUUCGCGAAUUUUCUGCAAUUUAUUCGAGCUUAGUUUAACAGGCUUAGUAAUUAGGGAAACAGUAUUAUUUUUUGAUUGAGGAGCCUUUUACAAAGAGGAGCUUUUAACAUUAUGAAAUAAACUAUAAAACCAAGUGCUAAUCAAAAUGAGUUCGCGGGACUAUUACAAAGUGUCUUAUAUGAACAAGGGAGCUGAUCGCUCCAGGAUCUCCUUGGACCAUGAUGUCCUCGAUAACGACACGGAGUUCAACGCUAACCAGUUCAAACUGUACGAUGACUUCACCACUGACCUUCGUAUGGCCUUCAACCCGCUCAGGCGGAACUACCACGAUAUCACCAGGACUGAUAUGAUGAUGAGGAGGAGGGGAGACCCUAACGACUCUGGGGUCGAUAUGGAAAAUGGGAACCCUUUAGAAGAUGUAUCAGCUUCUAACGAUAGCGACCUGUUGGAGAACGAAGUGAUGGUAGAUCCUUGGAGCAGCAUGGACUCCUCGAAUUCACCGUUAACUGACUCCGGACCAUCGGCAAGUGAAGACUGCACCCCUUCCACUUCAAGUGAACCCCCUCGCGGGCCUCUAGACGCGACUUCCCCUCUAUCGCCUGACUCGCGCCGCUUACCCGAUCCAAAAGACACCAAAACCAAAAUUGUCCCCAAACACAUUCCCCAAAAGGCAUCUGACAAGGCGCGCUCGCGAGACCUUACCCUUGAGCUAGAGACCUUAGAACCUGAUCUCCUCUCACGCCGGCCACAUUUUCUUGACGAAGAUUAUCAACCGCCGUCCAAGUCUAACAUCGAAUGCCGUAUCCCUAAGCCACAUUUCCUCGAUCACUCACCAUCGCCUGAUGAAUUCGACGAACGCAGUGAUAUUACAAACCCAAACUUUCUCGAUGAUGAAGUUGAUGGCGAUGAAAAUGCACAAAAGAAGGCUGGAGCUCUGCCUAAACGACCACAGAAAAACCAGCCAUCCACAUACUCUAGUUCAGAAGAUCGGCCGCACAGAACGAGUUACCGAAGCACUCUACAUUAUGGGUUAGAAAGUGCGGCUAGAUCGAGUGAACGAGACAAAAGAGCUUCCCAACUCUACCGAGGGACCUGGCCAGGAGAACGCGAUGUCUGGACAGGUCAUGACUCCGCAAGCGUUCGCAGUUUCUCUAGUAACGGUUCCGCCGAAGGAACGAGACCUUCGUCUAAUUUAGAAAAUAAGAUGGAAUGCGUUUGUUCGUUGAUUUCUCUUUUAAGCCUAUCACCGGAAAACAACGCAGACUUGAGCGGCCCCUUACUGGAAAUGAGCCGAUCAGUUGAAAGUUGCAUCGCAAUGAGACAAGCCGGAUGCAUCCCGCUACUAGUUCAGUUAAUACAUUCGAAGGUCCCUAGAGAGACGCGAGACCGCGCAGCGAAAGCGCUUCGUAAUAUUAUCCACACGCAGACUGACGACAAAGCAGGCAGAAGAGAAGCUAGAGUCUGGAGAUUGUUAGAACAAGUCCGGGAAUACUGCUAUGUUUUAGAAGAUCUCGUAGAAAUGAGAAAAGAAGGAAAAGAAGUCAUUGAAGAUGAUGUUACCAAGCAUCCAAGUCAGAGCGUCGCAGCCCUCAUGAAAUUGUCAUUUGAUGAGGAGCACAGGCAUGUGGUGUGUCAAUUAGGAGGGCUGCAGGCGCUGGCUGCAUUAGUCAGUGGGGACCAGGCGGCACACGGAAGCAGAACAGAUGACAACACAUGUUUGACCAUGAGGAAAUACGCUGGGAUGACCUUAACGAACCUCACCUUCGGAGACGGAAACAACAAGUCCUUGUUGUGUUCAUUCAAAGACUUCAUGUUAGCUCUGGUCGAACAAUUGGAAUCACCCAACGACGAUAUGCGACAGGUAACAGCAGCAGUGCUGCGAAAUCUCUCUUGGAGAGCGGAUACCAACAGCAAACAAGUAUUGAGAGAAGUAGGAGCUGUUAAAGGCCUCACUAAAGCUGCAAUGACGUGUCAAAAGGAGGCCACUCUAAAAUCUGUACUCUCGGCCCUCUGGAACCUGACAGCUCACUGCUCAAUGAACAAAGUAGCCUUAUGUUCCGUUGAAGGGGCACUGGGCUUCCUCGUUGAUAUGCUUAGUUACAAUUCGCCUACAAAAACACUGGCGAUAGUUGAGAACGCAGGUGGCAUCAUGAGGAACGUGUCGAGUCACAUCGCUGUACGCGAAGAUUACAGACAAAUUCUCCGGGAGAGAAAUUGUUUAAGUGUCUUGUUGCAGCACCUCAAGUCUCCGAGUCUCACUGUGGUCAGCAACUCGUGUGGCACGCUGUGGAACCUGUCUGCCAGGUGCCCGCAAGAUCAACAAUUCUUAUGGGACCAUGGCGCGGUACCCAUGCUCAGAAGUCUCAUUCACUCUAAGCAUAAAAUGAUAGCGAUGGGCUCCAGCGCAGCCCUCAAAAACUUGCUCAAUUCCAAACCGGGUAAAACGCACAUUAUCUCACUAGACACAACAGCUAGAAACAUGAAUUUACCGGCGCUACCAACAUUGGGUGCCAGGAAACAAAAAGCUUUGGAGCAAGAGUUGGAUCAAAACUUGGCCGAAACUUGCGACAACAUCGAACCGGCAACGUCUCCUACAACCAGUAACAGAGAAGAGAAGAAUCUAUUUACAGCCACGGAAAGACAAAUAGCUAUGAAUUUGGAACGACAUAGAAUGACUUCCAGUUCACCUCUAAUGGGGACAUUGACGUCUCAGAUAUCCUUGAGUCAUAGCGCACACCUAGCCAGCUACUUGAGCUGCAGUAACACUUUGCUGAAGGGAGCACUAGUCACUCGUUCAAAUACAGGCAGUGCUGGCAACGUCAACAGAUCAGAAAGCAAGGACAGCGUCACCAGCACUCACUCAGACUCGGUGUUUGAGCGAGUCAUGCGCACUGGGAAAGUACCCGUACCGACACCUAGGAACAAAGACCUAAUGAAGAGUGAAAACUCUGGUGAAACGUUUAAAGCGUCUUCGAAGCAACACAAAGACAGUUCUUUCCUUCGAUAUCCCACACAGCCUCCAAUUCCUCCGCCAAGAAGUACUACUGAAAUGAGAACAAACUACACAGAAUCCGGUUUUGACGUCGACCAGGAUUCUUGUGACCAACCAAUUGACUACAGUAGGAAAUACUCGGAGACGAAGAAUACUGAAUCUGAGGGAGACAAACCAAAGACUGAUAACAAGAAGUAUUCAAAGAAAGAAAGCGCAAACAGCACGUAUGGUGAUUAUCAAGAGACUGAUUUAGACCAGCCGACUGACUAUUCGCUACGUUACGCUGAACACCAAUCGGAGACUGGGUCUGACAUGUCGGAACCAGCUGGUCCUUCGGUUCACGAAGACACUAUUAAACACUUCGCUACAGAAGGCACUCCUUAUGAAACACCGGCGAUAUUUUCCACCGCCACCUCAAUGUCGGAUCUUAGAGUGAUCGGUAAGGACCAUAAAAAAAGUGCCGCAACGGCUAAACCGAACCCUGAGGCGAUGACGCAUUCAGAUGAAAAGGACACUUGUUCUAUCGAAGAUCCUCCGAACCACGACAACGACAGGGCAGCAUCGACACCUCAAGCUGCAUCCGUUCCAGAACCUAUCCCGGAGAAGCAAGGACUAUUCGAUACCAAGUUUAGCUCUGGAAUGAUAAGCCCUGAGAAGCCAGUGAACUACUGUGACGAGGGAACACCAGGCUACUUCUCAAGAGUAAGCUCUUUGAGCAGUCUUGGUGAGCCAACCGAAGAAGACAGUCUGGCUAAGAAAAACGCAAUGGCCACAAUAAACGUGGAGCCGAGCCCUCCAGAACAGAGCACGAGCAGUUCUGCCAAGGACAAAGAAGGUUCCAAAGCAGUGACUUUUGCGACGGAGCCAGUAUCGGUGUGUGGUUCGGAGCCAGUGUCAGCGCGGGCCACGCCCCCCCCGCAGCGGUUCGUGGAGGACACGCCGCUGAUGUUCUCCCGGUCCAGCUCGCUCGGCUCACUGCCUGAGUGCUCGCAGCAAGACGACCAGGGAUCUGUCGUGUCGGAAAUUAGCCGACUAACCUCAGGCUGUAUAUCUCCGAGUGAGAUCCCAGACUCCCCCGGCGCCAGCGUGCCUCUGUCCCCGCGGACCAGGGCUGCACCCACGCAGGAGUUGUUAACUGCACUGUCCACGCCACCACAAGAACCAGCAUGCGUGGGAUCGGUAUUCGAAGAGCGUGUCUCCCGGUUCCUCGUGGAACAUACUCCAGCGCAGUUCUCCGCAGCCACCAGCCUCAGUAGCCUGACCAUCGAUGAUGAGCCUAAACUGCCGAAGCAAUCUCUAAAAUUGUUACCAAGAGUUACCGAUCAAGAAGACCUCGAUUGUUCAGCUAGCAAUAAUCCCGAAGACAACAGAAAUAGAGACGAACUGCGAUCACUGCCGUCAUCGAACCACGUGUUAAACGAGCCAAUGAAAGGCACUCAAACUCCAGGCGAGGUGUGCAAAGUAUACUUCACUGAAGACACGCCCGCCAUCUUGUCUAAAGCGGGCAGUAACUCCAACCUAUCAGCGUUGUCCAUUGACUCCGCCCCCGCCCCGCCCACUCACGACAUACACGACGCUCACGACACCUCCGACAGCUCCAACUUAAGCGACGCUGGAGAUUUACUGGAGGAGUGUAUACAGAAGGGCAUUGCUAAGGUGGUGAAGAAUAAGGGCCCGCCAUCAGAAGUAUCUUCUAUAAAUCCUUACAGGGACGAUGUUUAUAGGUCAUUGCCGCCAUACUUGCGGUCAUCCACGGAGACAGUUAGAAUGUCACAUGAGUUUGCUAGAACAGUUCAUGAUAGUGCAUCGUGCAGUUCAGGCAGUCCCCCGCCCCCACUGCCACCCAAGGUGACGCAGUUGGCCGCUCCACCGCGACCUCCUGCACUAGAAGAUGGUCGCAAGUACGAAAGUCGCCUUCCAGUGAAAGCUACGGGUAACGGAAGAGAGCGACCGCGUCCCGCAGGCACUGCAGAGCUCGCUCGGAACGACUCGCUGUCCUCACUGAGUCUCGACUCCUUCGGGUCCACCGACAGGGAGAUCUUCGAGGAGACCGUGCAGGCCGGCCUGUCCAGCGUCACCCCGCGCGCGCGCCCCGCCGACCACCGCGUGCGCGCGCACUCCGCUGGGGGCGGCGCCCUGGCCCGCAUGGGCGCGGCGCGCGCGCUGCUAGAGGAGGUCAUAGCGCGGGGCGCGCGGGGGGCGCGUCGUCCGGCGCCAAAAAACGUGUCCCCGCCCCCUGCGGCCCGCGCGCCCGCAGGCGGGCCGGCCCCCCGCGCGCGUGGCUGUGACGCGUCCAACGAGUGCCUGGCGCCGCGCUCCGCGGACUGCACGCUAGACGACGAGCCCGAGCGCCCGGACGACCUGGACCGCUCCAACGAGUCCUACGCGGACGUGCUGGACGGCUCCUGGAGCGACGGCGAGCACGCGCCGGACGUCCGCGACGGCGGCACUCUCACCCGGCACAGCAAGAACCGGAACAAGCUGGAGUGGACCGACAUCAAGUGCACGGCCGUGAAGCCCCUGGAGGAGCUCCCUGCGAACAUUGAAGAUGCGUCCAGGCGCAGCACGGACACCUGGAACGACAACACGUGCCCCGAUGACGUCACAUUCCCCACUAUCAGUGGCUCGGUCCACAUGGUCUCAUCAAUCCGCAGUGAAGUCGCCGACCACAAUUUGACGCUACCAGAUUUACUGGAGAAAAGUGAAGCUCCCACGAUGUCGUUCUCGCGUCCAGAUUUAACCAACAAGCUGGAAGUAGAUAGAGACAUCCCGCAGUCUCCACUAGUUAUGAUGAUGGACAGUAAACUGGAAGCUGAGCGACUGAUGUUGGACAGUAUACCAGAGCCGAGCUUCACGUCGCUUGUGGACGACGGGGAACAAAAGUUUGACUCCAUUAUAUCCGCUGCUAUAGAGAAGGAAGCAGCGAGACUGGCCGCGCAACUGAAGAGCUCUCACUAUGGUAUGGAGGCCAGUGUGACGUCACUCACAUCCCUCGACCUUGACAAUGUCAAGCCGCCCUCAAACCUCGGCAGUUUGCUUUCACUCAGCGCCUCCGGACACUGGGACGAGACUUCCCAAGUUUCAAAGAAAUCACAAAAGAGUCGGAAGAAGUCGCUUCCUGUUGCCUUGAUGGUAAAACGAGCUCUCAGCAACUCGAUGAACCAAGGCAGCUCUGAGCACCUGGACAGCAAUCCUGUCAGUUUCCUUGACAACGUGAAGCCUCCUUCAGAAAUGGACAACAUCGACAUGGAGAGCAGUAUGAUAUCUGUGUCCAGUAUCGUGUCGGAAGUGGCUGAAGUCAAGGACCGGGUACCCAUCGUGUUUGACUUCAAGCAGCCAGUGCAAGACUUCCCUCUGUGCAGCACUUUCACUAAUGUCUUCCACGACCUCGACAAAGUUAAUCCGCCAUCUCUAUUCGAUGAGAUUGCGGAGUCGACGAUAGAAGUGGAACCGACCACUGCACAACAAGUGUAUGACGACUGCGUGUCCAAUACCUUGAACGUAGUCACCGAUAUCCCAUCAGGAUCGGAGAACUGUACGCCUAUACCGUCAGAUAUUAGUAGCGUAGAGUCCACACCGAAGAGACAGAGAGAUCCGAAAUAUUUGACCCCGAAAGAAAAGAGACACGUGUCUAAAGAUAGAUACCAAACAUAUACCAUUACAGAUACGGUGGCUGAGAGUGAUGUUGUCCUUGAAGUUGAAGAAGAAUUUGUCACGUGGACUAAAUCAGAGAGCGACCGAUCUGACGAGUAUGUGACUGCUACGUCAGAGGUAAAGUCGAGGAGGAAACUGAGUGCCAAACAAAGGAGGUUGGAAGACAGAGCUAGGUACCAAACUCAAACUGUUGACAUACACACCAUCCUACCGCCAGAACCACAACAAAAGGUGGUGGACCCUCACUUGGAGAACUUGAAACAGCGGCUAGCAGCCAAAAAAACUAUGAAACAAAAACGUAUAGAAGAUGCCGAACGAUUCCGAACGAGGACUUUGAGCGAAGACAUCCCUCCUUCUCCCACGUUUGUAACAAAAGAUGCAAACUUUGAAAACGUGGAGACCACCACUGGGUAUGACAGCUUGUCCUCCAACGAGCUGAACCACCAGCAAAUAUCGGACGACAGGCACGACGACGACGUGUUCUCACGGGAAACUGACAGUGGACACAAUGAAGACGACUUCGAGCUCAACUCUACACAGAUGCAGACCUACACAAAGAGCUUUAGGAAUUACUUGCCUGUGAUUGAGAGCCCCGCUGCAGUCGACAUGUGCGUUGUUUACAAUCUUAAAAACAUCGAGAUGACUGCGUCGUAUAAACGCACCGUACAAAUGCAAUGCGAUAAGAAUCAGAAUCCCAGCAGUAGUGACUUCGCGAGCUACGAGGGCGACAGCAACUCCGAAGAUAAAGCACAAUCCGAGUCAGACCCGGAGACAGCUCGACCGAAGCCGAAAAUUAUAAAGCCGGCUCGGCGCGACGAAAGUUUAGACUCCAACGAGUCUUUGGACAAAGAGAAUGAUACACCUAAAGCUAUUAGGGGAAGAAAGAAGGCACUGUAUGUCUCGCCGUACAGGCGAAACGUUUCCGCCGCACCCAAAAAGGCCGCGGCCACUCCAACUAAACCCAUUCCGAAGAGUGCUCCCCCUAAACCCACGAACCCUGUCAAAGCCCACACUAGUGCCAAAACUCCCAAACCUUCCGUGACUAAAGCAUCCAGUGCUACUACUUCCCCUAAAAAAUCUCUUACAAAGUCCCCCACUAAAUUACAGAAACCAAUUUGUAUUCCUCCAGUUGCCACAAAACCAUUACCUCUCGAACGACAGGGCACAUUUACCAAGGAGGAGAGUUCUGUACCCGCUAAGGACUUACCUGUUCCCGUCCCUGAUAAAAAGACCACUGCUCCGCGGCCGUCUAAGGGACCCACUCCUAAUAAAAACAAUACAUCUCCUUCAAGGCUUCCACAAUUCAACCGCACACGACCUCCUCCUCCCACCAAAGUCAAUCAACCCAAGCCUUCAACAUCACGGGUCACGAAAAGACCUGAACCGACGAUGAAGAACUCUGCUUCCAAUCACAGCUUGCAGAGUAAUGACAGUGGCAAGACUAUCACUAUAGCAUCGAGAAGUUCGCGACAAGGCAGCACGUCCAGCGUCAACUCGAUACAGUCUUCUAAAACGAACUCCAAAGACAUCGAGAGUAAAAUAGCAAGUUUGUGGAAGAAAGUAGAACAAGUGAAAAAGUUGCCAGCUAAGGCAGAAAAGAAGGUUUGGAUCGAAGCUGAUAAAACUGAACCACCCAAACUCAUCCGGAGCUCUACGUUCGAGGGGCAGCCGAAGGCGCAAGUGUCUUCAGCCCCUAAGCAGAAGUCUGCUAUAGGUAUAAGAAUAUCUCAGAUACCCAGCUUGCGGCCAAAAACUGCGCCGAGUAAACCCGCAGGGCCAGUGAACAGUGCUAAAAAAACGAACACUAGAAUUUUUACUAGGAAACCUGCCGGUGGACAGAUUACGUCGUAAAUAUGCGUGUUAUGUGAUUAUAAUGUUCUUAUAGUAUUAUGAGGUCUAUGACUAAGAUCAUUUUAAUUCGUGCAUGAAAUAUAAUCAAGUGUUUUGUGUGAGAACUGAUUGAUCACUCAAUAUUCUAUUUGACCUCAUGACUACACACAACAAUAUUGAAUUACAAUUUCAUGUAAUAUUAUUGUAAGGCCUACUACGCAUUGUUGUGUAAACUCCGGUCAAUUACGAUGUAUUGUAUUAAACUACAAUUAUUCAUACUUCACUAUUACAGUUUAACGGAAUUGGACCAUAAUGUACGCGUGAAGAAAUUGUAAAAUAGCGAUAGCAUUUCGUUAUACUUGCUGUAGUGAACUAUAUCUCUUGAUUAUCUUUAAAUCAUGAGACGUAGCUGUGCUAAUUGACAAUCAAUAUGAUUUAACACAGUUCCAAUAUAUUUACAUCAGUUAAUAGGCGAACACUUUCAAUCAGAUGUUUGAACCUGCAUCUUAUAUUAUCACUUAAAUGAUUAUCAACAUUACUGAUUCAAACAUUUCACAAAAUUCUAAUAUAGCUUACUCAAAAUUUUCUGAAGCGUUUGAUCCGUAAUGUCGUGGUACGUACUCUUUGAUUAACAUAUUGUGAUACUAACGAAAUUAUGAUUACCAUCAACGAAAUAAAGUGCAAUAUUGAUUAACAGCUUACUAAACUUCAUAUGUAUUGUAAACAUGCACUUAUAACACUCGUAUAGGAGUACCAGUAAUUAUAAUAAAUAAAUAUUAGUAUAACUUGAUUCUUGAUUGUGAACUUGUUCUAGAGUGAAAAUUCAGUUAGUGACCUGUUUUUUAUUUCAUCAUUUACAUUGAUUUCUUUUGUAUAUUUGAUGCAUUUAUUCCUAUUUUAGAGACUUUAUGUUCGAGAUUUAUUUCGACUGCAAUUUUAGUUUUAUAAGGAGAUAUAUUGAAAGACAUAGUCACAAUUCUUUUUAUUCGCAUAAUACUUCAUUAUUUGUGAAUGUAUCGAGAUCGAUAAACUAGAAAAUAUAUUAUGUAAUAAGGCUUGUUCCUUGUGGAAUUAUGUCGGCUUAUACAGAUCAUAGUUUAUUGAUGUAUCUCGAUUAUAUUUAAGUCGCGUUCUAACUGCCCGAAAGCAAUAACUUGCUAACAAUAUUGUCAUUUAGUGGCAACGUUCCUCUAAAUUCUCUUCCAGUCGUAACACUGGAAUUUGUAGUAAAAACAUGAACGUUUUCUCACUAUAAAUACUAUCGUGUAUGGCUAUUGUAAAUAUGUCCCCGCUAAAUUAUAGUUAAGGUUACCGUUAUGCAAUUUGUAUAUUUUUUCAUAAAAUUUACAAUGGAAAUGUUCGCUUUGGAGUAAACAUUGAGACGCGACGAGGUGGCUCCUCGAUUCGAGACGUACGCUCAGAGGUCGCGCAUUGUCUCAGUUUUACGUCUAGUCAGUUUUAAUGUUAGUUAAGCGGGAUUAGAAAAUUCGGCGUAAGGAACGUAAUUUUUACACAGAAAGUGGAUCGCAUCGAUUGUAACAGUAACUUUAGGAUAUUAUUUAACUGGCUUCCUGUAGUUAGAUCGCCUUGCGAUUUUCACUUACGAAAUAUACCUAUUUCUGCAGGAAAAUCGUAGAACUUUUGUAAUAGUAAUCGCCAACUAUUGCUUUUCUUCCAUUCAAAGUAUUUUAUAGAUAGUUUUUGUAAGUAAAAGUUUUAAAUCAAAGAGAAACGUUUUCUUGAUCGCGAUUUACAAGUUGUUCCAUUACAUCGGGCACGAUGGAGACGCGACCUCAGUUACACAUCUACCAAUAAAUAUACCUAUAGCUAAACAUUAUUACCUAAAUAAUCAUGUAAUGUCAUGAUUAGUACUGAUUCCUCUAUUAUGUAGUUAGUAGUCGCAUAGAUAAUUUCUUUAUUCUACCACACGAUGUAGCGAACGCCAUCAUUUUCAUGUAAUAAGCCAGUUUUAUAUAGUUAAAUAAAUACAUAGAUUUAAGGUGCGUAAUUUGAUGGUAAAUAAAGGAUACUUACCGCAA